UGGGUGUGGCUCAGCUGAGGCUUCACAGGUGUGAGACGUAUGGGAAGGCCUGUGCUGAGUGCUGCCUGGCCAGAGACCCCUACUGUGCCUGGGACGGCACCUCCUGCACUCGCUACACCUCGCUCAGCAGACGCCGCUAUCGCCGUCAGGACAUCAGGCACGGCAACCCGGCCCUGCAGUGUAUGGACCAGAACCUCAGUGUGGAGGGGUUGGAUGUGACAGAGGAAAGGGUUGUGUACGGGGCAGAGAACAACAGCACCUUCCUGGAGUGUGUCCCCCGCUCCCCUCAGGCCACCGUCACAUGGCUGCUCCAACGAGACGACCGCAAGGAGGAGGUGAAGCUGGAUGAGCGGGUGAUGCGUACGGAGCAGGGCCUGCUGUUCCGCCGUGUGCUCCGUCAGGACGAGGGUGUGUACGUGUGUCGCUCACGCGAGCACGGCUUCACCCAGACCCUCACCCGCCUCUCUCUGGAGGUCCUGCAAGGGGACACACUGAGCGAGCUGCUGGCCCGUGACGACGCCCCCCUCGACAGUCCCCAGGGGGCGAAGGGCUACCGGGCCUGGCCUCCCUGCCACUCUCACAGGAGCACCGGCCCCCUCAGCCAACCGCGCUCCUGGUUCAAGGACAUCAUGCAGCUGAUUGGCCCGUCCAACCUGCCGCACGUGGAGGAGUACUGCGAGAGGUUGUGGUGCAACGACAAGCUGCGGCGCAAACACAAGAGCAUGCUGGACAAGUACCGGCAGGCGCAGGACAGCGCACGCAAGGCCCGCAACAAGGGCUCCGGGGAACGCAACCGGACGCCGCGGGACGUCAGCAGCCGACAGCCGUAGAGAGGAGGGAGGAACGGAGAGGGGGAGGAAAUAGAGGACUGAGAGAAGGACCGCAUGACACGAUUAAUGAGAGACUGAGAGAGAAAAGGAAGAGGUGGUAGUUGCAUGUGUUGCAGGAAGAGAGACACUGCCAACAGACUGUAGUGUUAAGGGUUGAGACUGAUGUGGACGGGGGGGAGGAGGGAGAGAGAGAGAGAGACAGGGACUCAUGGCACUCAUCAACUCUCAUUGACUUCAUGAAGAAACCCGCAACUGUUUUCACCAAGGGACCCCUCCUCCUCUCCAUUGCAACGUCAGUGACUCUGUAUAUGACUAUGGAUUGACUGUACCGUGCUGUAAAUACUGUGUGGGGUUGGACUGCUACAACUGAUGACCUUAGACCCCUUAUGGCGCCCAUCUCUUUUUGUUCCAUGAGCCCAUUCGACAUGAUGUACCCCUUAAAACAUCACCUCCAGUCCGUUUGCCUUACCCUGCACCUCAUCAUACUUCUUCUUGAAGAAAUGGGGCUUAAUAGAAUUUUUUUUAAAGGGUUCUGUGGCUCACUUCAUGCACAGUAUUGCCUUCAAAGAGGUUCUAGAACACCGAAGCGCCGUUGUGUUUAGCAGUGUAAUCCCAUCACCCUGAACGUCAUUCACAACCGUACAGUACAUUCUCAAGCAUGCAGCGUUGAGUGGACACAUACGUGCACUCACACAUCGUCCAUCACACACUCAGCCAGAACAACGCGCCGGAGCAUUGCUUCAACUGAACGUUUUCGUGAGACGAUUGUUGAUGGUUCAACAGAGAAAAGGCCUGUUUGUUGCUUUGUAUUAUCAGCUAGACUCCAGUUCCCACCAUUCCUUUGUGUGUCGUAGGUGUACUUCUCACUCCUGACAAAGGAAGGAAAAUAAAAAGGGUCGUUGGCACUGGCUGAAUGUUCUGCUGGUGCUUUGUAAACACUGGUUCUUUAUUUAAAUACAGGAUUAGCCAUGAUCUUUCUCGCUCUGUUGUUAAAAGACAAUGUUUUCACUGACAGACAUCGCUGAAAGCUCUCCUUUCAAGGGCACUGGUUGUAGGGAAAGGGGGGGGGGGGGGUCAGAGGAGUGAAGGGACAGGGAGGAUGGGACAGGGGUAAGGAGAUAGAGGUGAGGGGAUAGAGGUGAGGGUAGGAAAUGGGGCUGGGUUCUAAAUAAGGAAUAGGGGGCAGUGAAUGGGGUCGUAGACAGUAUGGGUGUUUUUUUUUACAAUGGAUGGUGGAGGGAUAUUAAAUGAGUUGGGUUAAUGUGGGUGGGUGGGGGUCAGGGGUCAGGCUAUGCGAUCCUCCUUGGUUGGCUUGCGAAGGCAGCCAGGAGAAGUGUGGACUUUAACAAGUCCCACUUGCUCCCAUGCCUUGGUUGCUUUCACUGGCAUACAAACGUGCCUGUAGAGGAGGAAGAGGUGGAGGACGAGGUGGAGGAAGAGAAAGAAAAGAAGGAAAGGGUGGUGGAGGAAUACGGGCACUGAUGAAAAAAGGAGAGCUUGAAGUGCCAGUGUACACAACACCCAGUUCUGUAAAAAUCCGGAAUCCGUUUGUGUGAAGGAACUAUUUGGAAACGUGGCACGUUGUUUCCUGCCUAUGAGAGUGACUUCAGAAUAUGUAACACAAGCGUCGCUCAAUCUUUCCGUUUAUUUUCCUAGUUUGAGAAAAGUGAGCCCUGUUGCUUUCUCUCCAAAUAUUGUUUCUGAUCGUAUCUUCUAAACCAACCAGAAUGUGACGGAGGAGAGAGCGUUGUUAAAUAGCCCAAGUCCCCUAGGCCUUUUUUGUCAAUUAUUUCUAAAUCCUAACGUUUUAGUUCAUGAUUGGUGUGUCAAUGCGUUAACAUGAGAUAAAGCGUUAUAUCUCGAGCAGUCGUCCCAUCUAAUCAUGUUUCGACUGUUGAUGACUUGAGUAGAUUAGGGCUGCCUUGAGCGGUUCGCUAUGCAGAGGCCUACCAGGUCUUAUUCUGAUUGGUUAUUUAAAAAAGCCAUUAAUAUAGCCUUGGAUAAAAGAGAAAAUGCUCCACACAACCCAAAAGCUUAUGGUUCACAGCUACGGGAAAAAACAGUAUUCAAGGGGUUUCAACACAAAUAGUACAGUGAAUAUGAAUAAAACAAUAAAAAAGCUUUUGCUGCCAAAAUGUAAUUUGUUUUUGCCUGUUUUUAGAUUUUUGUGGCGCUCCAUCCUGCAGCUACUAUCAGCAGUAGUUUGAAGAAAAAAAAUGGUGUUUCUGACAUACUUUGUGUUCAAAGUGUCAAUGUUGAACUGUAACAAAGUGAGAAUUCCAGUCGUUGAUAUGUGUGGUUUGUAACUCGUUGGAGGGGUCUCUUUUAUAGGGCCUAAUGUAAAUGUUUGCUGUAUUUAUGUCUUAUUUAAUGAGCUCUCCUGCAUGCGGUGUAAGUGUAUGCUAUUUAACAUAUUAAUACAGUUUUUUGUUUCUAACGUAAAA